UGAGACUGUAGGAAAAAAUAGCUUACCGAUGAUCAGCGUCUGUCGAGUCUCAUUGCUUCGCCCUGGAUGUGUCUGUCACUGAGAAGGUGUCAAGUUUGAGUCGUGUCUGUUCUUAACGUGUUCAUCAAUAAUUAACGCGUUUCCCGAGUGAAGAGUCAAGUACGAGGAGCAUUUUCACCUGGCAGAUUGUCACUCAUCAGUUUAACUAUGUUUCAUUUUUCAUAUUGAUUUCCCAGCGGAUGCUAUGCAGAAGUCGGAAAGUUUACGCGCCGCUGAUGUCUCGACACGACCCCUGAUGUAUGUCUAUAUUGUCGUGUAAUGUACCUUCUGUUGCGCUCCUGAAAUCACAUUUCGCCCACCAUUUCUAUCAUCAUGAUUUUCUCCUCGUGUACAAAGGAUAUGCAGUCGUCGCUAACUACUGGAUUCCGUCGUCUUCGCAGAUAUUAGACUUAGUACACAUUGUCAAUAUGGGCAACGAAUUGUGCACCGGGUCCCGCAAGACGGAGGUGGAGCGAAACUCGACGAGUGCUCCAGCUGGCAGUCAGAAAUCCACUGGUGCCAGUGCCUUUUUUACCUUUCCACCUAACGCUAACUCUCUUGCAGGAGAUCCCGAUGCUGAUGGAAGAAAAACAGAACUUCUUGGUAAAAAGAUAAUUGGCGUUGAUACCAUACCUCCUAAAAUAAGGGUUGGCACUCCAUCCUCGAGUAGCCUGAUAGCGGGAUUGUUAAGCGAUCGAGACCGUUCACUUUUACAUAGGAAAGGAGUAGUAUCGGAGGAAUCACCCGAUGCAGACCAGAUCAGUCUUCAUAAAGGAGAGGCCUCAGUGAAGAGUUGUCCUGCGUCAUUUCUAGAGUGGUACACGAGAUCAGAGGUGGACACUAGCAACUUGUCGCGGUCGGGCAGUCAGCAUGUUGGUCAGCUGUUGGAGAUCCUUGAUGAGGAUGAAGACAUCGAUAACUUGUUUUUUGCGUCUGCUAAGCCCGAUGCCUUUAGUGAUUCGUUUGUGCUUCAGGGGUUCUACCAAGACGAGGAUGACACACCAGAUCAUGCGUUGAAAAUAGUGGAGCAUGGAACAAAUAACAGGAACCAAGCUGUCGGAGGUGCUGGAAUAACCGGAAGCACUACUGUGUAUCAAAGUGUGGUCACCAGGGAUGGAAUAUUAAGUACUAUGUACGAAAGCGUGGCCUCUGGUGCAACGUCUCGAGUUGGAAGAUUAGGUGGUGCUGACUCAAGCAUAUUAGCGAUGAACAAUUAUAACGCAAACGCAAGCACCAGGAGCAUAAGCAAAAACACGAUGACGAAGAAUAUCUCGCCAACUUCUUCUCUAUCCCUAUCAUCCAUGAUGCAAAGUAGUAGACAAGGCUCUUUCGCGGCUUCCUCUUCCCGUAGUAGCGAGGAUCUUGCAGGUAGCGACUUGAUCGGUCAGUGGUCCCCAACGUCGACCGAUGUGCCUUCUUCAGGACGAACGCUAGACGAUCCGAAUAGUGUAACAACCUCAGGUUCAGCAAAUACGUUGUUUUACAACAUCUAUACCGAUGCGGAAGUUGAUUUUGGUAAUGGACGAGUUAGGGACGGCGCCAGCUCUGCGGCAAGGACAGAACUACAAAUCGCAGGUCCGUAUGGCACCGUAGACGACCUGUAUAAAUGUCCGCCGACAAAAAUAGCGCAACCACGGAGCCCAUUAGUCGGGCCAGCACCAAGACCGCGGUCUGAGAUCGAGAAGCUUCAUCAAGAACAUCAAAGGACGAGGAGUAGUAUAAUGAGAAAGGGAUCCACGUCUACCAGUGGUAGGGGGAACUCAACUACCGCAAACGGGACGAUAAUUCAAAAAAUGUCAGGUAAAAACGGGAGUGCGCAACAUGACCAAAAGAUACUGAAGAUAUUCGACGGUACUUCUCGCUCUAGACGUCGAGAUGGAGGAAUCAUGAAGAACGACAACACGUUUCAUCUCGACGAGGAUGAUUCGUCAAUUUUAGAAAACUACUUAGCCAAGCUUCCAACCCCUACAGUGUGCUCUGCUAAAAACGAAGCGCAAGAACUACCCAAAUCCCUGUUAUCUCGUUCUUUAGACUUCUCCAUGACAGGCACAAGUAGACCAGAAAGCCCGCUCAGGCAAGGAAAGGCCUAUAUUGCUUACUAGAUUUUUGCCAUAAAUGUAAAGACAAAAAAAGAGCGUAGUGUGAUUGAUGUAUGAUUCUUGCUCUCUAUUAGAACUUCCAGAAAAAUUAUCUUGAUCAUUACCGGGGAGAGAAAUAAUCCUUCAUUUAAUCUUCAUACUACGUUUCUAUUAAUACUUGAGUCAGUGAUGACGAUGAACGACGGGUUGACUCAUUGUUGAAGCAAAACGUGGAAUGCAGAGACAAGUUGUUGUAGUUUGGCAGCAACGGCGUGCAUGAUCGUGAUGAAUUGGAGGACAACGACUUGCUUUUAUCUAGUUCUUUUCUGAGGAGUUUUAUUACACAUCACCACCUCAU